AGUCUCACAUUUUCCAACUCCCACUUGCUCUGGAGUACUCUGACUGAAGCAUCCAGUCCAGCAGGUGAUCAAGGUGAAAAUAAACUUUGCAAGUGGAGAAAGCAUGUGGCCCGCAGGUCGUCAAAGUUUGAGCUCGCUACGUUCCCUCUGCCGUCAACCAGUUGCAAUGGCUGCCCGCCACGAUUCGACCAGUGCAAUGCCAAGGAGAUUGACGGGGAAAGUUGCCAUCGUCACAGCGUCGACCGAUGGGAUCGGGCUGGCCAUCGCACGUCGCCUUGCCCAAGAAGGUGCCCGCGUGGCCAUCAGCAGUCGGAAGGAGGCCAAUGUGACGCGUACCGUCGACACACUACGCUCGGAGGGACUCGAUGUUCUCGGUGUACCAUGCCAUGUUGGCAAGGAUGAGCAGCGCAAGCAACUUCUUGACACUACACUGUCUACGUGGGGGCAGAUUGAUAUCUUGGUGUCCAACGCUGCCGUCAAUCCGGUAUUCGGUCCAACGUUGGAAGCGUGUGACGGUGCCGCAUGGGACAAGAUCUUUGAUAUCAAUGUAAAGUGUGCGUUCCUGCUCGCCAAGGAGGCCUACCCACACAUGCGUCAACAGAGUACUGGUCGCAUCAUCUUUGUCAGCUCCAUAGCCGCUUUCACACCACUUCCGGGUCUUGGUCCAUACUCAGUGAGCAAGACAGCAUUGCUGGGACUGGCAAAGGUGUUGGCUCGUGAGCUGGGUGACGAUAACAUCACUGUCAACUGCUUGGCUCCUGGUAUUGUCGACACACGCUUUAGCUCAGCGCUAACAAAGAGUGAUGCCGGUUCCAAGAUCACGGAGCAGACGUCGCUGGGACGCGUGGCCGUUCCAGAGGACAUGGCCGGUACGGUGGCAUUCCUGGCAUCGGAUGACGCACGCUACAUCACUGGCGAGACGAUUGUCAACGCCGGCGGUAUGACGUCACAUCUCUGAGACGACAACUACCACUAUCACACACAGUACCAGGAACAGCGGCAGUGGUUGUGGUGGCUAUCUCCGCACCACCCUGGUGCCAGUACGAUCUGUACUGCACUCGACAGUGGUGAUGUGUGGGUGUGUGGGUGAGUGUGUGUGUGGGUGGGUGUCCGCACCACCGCUGUACCAACACGACCUGCACUCCACUUGACACAGUGGUGAUGAGAACUGGAUGUGCUACUACUGAGUACUGUACCAGUGCAGCUGUCAUCAUCAACUGCGCUUUGCCCAUGUGCUGUGCUGUGGCUAGCUGGCAUGUAAGCUACAGCUCAGCCAUCGCAUACGCAGAGUUACCCUGGUCACCAUGAUAUCAAACAAGUGAUCUAUGGUGAUAUGUAGCCACGCAGGAGACAUGGAUAACACCUGAUCAAGUGUGGCCAUGCUCAACUCUCUUUUGUUCGUUUGUUUCGUCCAUGUUGUUUUAAAACCUCACUCUGGUUGACUACAAAGUACUAACUGUGAAAUAUCUCAUUAGUUCUCGCUUCCUGUUUGCCGCGCCGGAAGUUUCGUCAUGCUCCUAAGUCCUAUUAAAUUUUACACACUACCCAGAGUCCUCCCCUCCUCAUAGCAGUUUGACGUUUCCUUAUAUUAUAACACUUUUUUUCUUUCUUUUUUAUUAAUUUGCACUUCAUGUCGUCUAUAUGUUGGAGUCAGCGGAAGUUUUCCUCACUAUAA